UUGGAUUUGUUUGCACUACCGUCUACACAAACUAGCAUUGAAAAUGGAUUGUGGAUUCAUUAUAAACCAAUUUCAUCUCUUGGUGAUGAUGGACCUAUCGAGUUUCAAGUUCCUGGGACCGGCGAUGACUACAUAGAUUUGUCUCAUACAUUACUCCACAUAAAGGCAAAAGUAUUAAAUCAAGAUUCAACUAACUUGGUAUCUACUACAAUAGUAGCACCUGUAAAUAAUUGGCUGCAUUCACUUUUUAGUCAACUUGAUGUUUAUUUAAACCAAAAACUUGUAUCACCACCUAAUAAUACCUAUGCAUAUCGAGCAUACAUGGAAACCCUUUUAAACUAUGCCCCUGCUGCUAAACAAUCUCAUCUUACUUGUAGUCUUUGGUAUGAGGAUACAGCAGGAAAAAUGGAUUCUACAGAUGGUAAAAACAUAGGAUUUGUUAAAAGACAGGAAUUGAUUAGUGAAAGUAAGGAAAUAGAAAUGAUUGGUCAUCUUCACGGUGACAUUUUUAACCAAGAUAAAUUUUUAAUUAAUGGUGUUGAAAUGAGUGUUAAAUUGGUUCGAUCAAGAGAGAGUUUUAAUUUAAUUGUUGGAUCAAACGAUGUAAAGUUUAAAGUUUGUAUUACGGACGCAACUCUUAUUGUUCGACGAGCACGAAUUAAUCCAAGUGUAUUACUCGCACAUCAAAAAGUUUUAGCUUCUACCACUGCUAAAUAUCCUAUUACUCGAGCUGAAGUAAAAGUUUUAACAAUUCCUUCUGGUGUUCAAGGAAAAACUCUUGAUAAUAUAUUUUUAGGACAGGUACCGAAAAGAUGUAUAAUUGGAUUUGUGAACAAUUCUGCAUUUAAUGGUUCCCUUACUAAAAAUCCAUUUAACUUUGAAAACUAUGGUAUUAAUUCUUUCAGCUUAUAUAUUGAUGGUCAACAAAUACCUUCAAAAGCUUUGCAACCAUCUUUUAAUAAUAGCAUAUUUACAUCAGCAUAUCAUACUCUAUUCUCGGGAACUGGUAUUCACUUUCUUAAUGAAGGAAAUGGAAUCUCUUGUGAACAUUAUGGCAAAGGUUACUGUCUAUUAGCAUUUGACUUAACUCCUGAUUUAUCAGCUAACUCAUCAACUCAUUGGAAUCUCAUAAAGCAUGGUAGUGUAAGAAUAGAAGUACGAUUUGAAUCCUCAUUAAUACAAACAAUUAACUGUAUAGUUUAUGCUGAGUUUGAUAAUAUUAUUGAGAUAGAUAAAAACAGAAAUGUUACUGUAGACUAUAGUAGUUAA